UCUUUUUGCUCAUUCACAAAAAACGCAAGCAAGUUAAAAUAUUACCAUUUCGGAACAAAAAUUUAUUGUUUUAUUUUGAAUUUAGUUUAUAAUUAAACAGAAAACAUGACAAUCGAUCCAAAUAUGAUAGAAGUUAAUGAAAUCACAGAUUAUUGGUCAUUUCUGAUGAGUAUUGAUUGGCGAGAUCCUUGGUUAAUCGGUUUGAUCAUAUUGCACAUUUUGACAACAACCACAACCUUGAUGACACGAAAUAAUACAAAUUUUCAAAUAUUUUUAUUCCUUAUAUUGCUAUCUGCUGUUUACUUUUCGGAGUCGAUAAAUGAAUAUGCAGCUUUAAAUUGGCGUUCCUUUUCAAAACAACAAUACUUCGAUAGUAAUGGACUAUUUAUAUCUACAGUUUUCUCUAUACCCAUAUUGCUAAAUUGUAUGCUGUUGAUUGGUGCUUGGUUAUAUAAUUCCACAAAAAUGAUGGCUACACUAAAGACUGCACAAUUAAAAGAUAAAGUUAGGAGGGAACGUUUAAAGCAAAAGGCCGAAGCUCAUCUUAAAGAACAGUAAACAAAUAUAAAUCAAACUAAUAGAGUUAAAUUUCCUAUUAUAAUUUCCUUUUAAAUUGUUCUCUAUAAAUGUACACAAUUUUUGCAGUGUACACUUAAAUUUUAAUUUAAUGUUUAUAAAUAAUCUAAGAUUAUUUCUUUUCUUGUUUACUAAAUUUAUAAAAAUAUGCCUUUUUAUAUAUGUAUAUAACCUCAUGCGUUGGAUAUAUGAAAGGUUUUCAAAACAUUAACAUUUUCAUAUAUGUAUAUAUGUCUAUUCUUAACAGCUAUUAAGGAAACUUUUUCUUUGUUUUCUAAAAUGAAGCAUAUUUGCUUUAAAAUUAUUAAACAUCACUAUUUUUAAAUAUGUUGUGGGUUUAAAAAUGUGAUUACUAAAGACUAUUUUUCAUUUUUUAAAUUAG